ACAUUAGGCAGCACAUGUACAUGCACGCUGUGCAUGUGGUAUCGGCAGUUGGAAAAUGAAAAUAUCGCGAAACCAAGCGCUUGCUCUGUGUUCUUGAAGCUGCAAUACCUGAUAACGAACAAACCGUGAAUAGCUAAAGACUCCUAAUAGUCCUAUCUUUCUCGAGGAUACUUGAGGGGAGGGCGGCCGCGCUACGGAAGUCAGAACAACGUCUUCUUCUUGCGCACCGCAGAGCAAAAACGCGCGCAACAUCCCGUCGUAGAGCCAUACUGCCGGCCGUAUAGACAUCCCCUGGCUGGCCUGCAGCUGUGUCAACCGAUGAGCAACACAGCCGAACAUUCCUGAAAGCACAGGCCUGCUCUCUGUGCUCAGGCCUGACAUGGCAAGUUCAGUUCCGGCCGAGGUGACCGAUGGGCCACCACCUCAAUUCAGUGACUUAGUGGCGAGGGAUCAUGAGAGAGCGAGUAAUGAAAGGAGGGAUGGGCACGGGGACUCUGUAGCAAGAUCCCAGCGAUCCCAGCAGCGGUUAGGCGCUUGGUGGAGGCGCACCCUGUCUUGCUUGCUCGCCUAUCCGCUUAGGCUGCGGGACACAGACCGCCAAUUAAAACGACUGCUUCGGGAGCGCAUCAAAGCACACCCUGGUCACCUUGUGCAAGAGCAACAACGUUUUCGCGAAAGCUGGCUUGCUGCUGUAGCAGAAGGCAGAGAUACGGAAUCAUCGAGUCACCCCGAUCUCUCUAUGACUGUUUCAGAAGAUGUGCGUGAACAGUGGAGGAGACUGGUCCUUCUGGAAGUGAUACGAACUGAUCUGCAGGCAGUAGGAGGUGAAGAAAGCCUUGGCAAUCGAUCGCGAUGGCGGCUGGCGCAGUAUGACCUAAUCCUCAUUAAAGGGAUAAUUCGACUUGAGAUUGCACAAAAGCUAGAAGAACAGCUGGAUGUAAAGCUUGAUGCUUUGGCACGGAGCUUCAUAACCACACGUAGCAAGGUCCGAGAUGCAAAGGACCCAGAACUCCACGCGGAUGACCCCCGAAUCAGCUUUGACGGCAUCUGCUUUGAGCUAGUAGAACAUGACGGUUACAAGGCGGACCUGAGGCAAGACUACAAAUUGCAGUGCAAGAAGCUAGACCUCACCGGCCGUGCAGCUGACUAUUUCUGCAUGCUGAUGGCUGAUGCAGAUCGUCUCGGUAUGGACAUGAAGAAGAAGGGCAUGCUCCCGGAAAGGUUUUACAACUCACGCCUUUUUGACAACAGGUCACACAGUUCAAAAGAAGUGGAAGAAACCGUACAGGGUAUUCUUCAGAGGACAAAUGAUGAUGUCUACGGAAAGAAGGAGGUGGCGUACAAACAAAUGAACUGUGCAGAGAAGGAAUGGAAAGAGCUGGACGACAUCUGUACGUCUUUUGCUUCUUUGAAGGCAAUUACCCAUCAAUUCUCAGAAGCCAUUGACGAUGCCAGAAAACUACUCCCUAAGACAUUGGUGACGCAGGGAAGGCGCAACACUUGGAUUCUAGACUCUAUUCCGUUGAGCGACCAUCAGCGGUUGUGGAUGGAGGAACUUGCGAGCGAUAUUACAAAUCUGGAUGACCUGCUUAAGGAGAUGAGGUCCCGGAAAGAGACACUGUUAGGUCACCUAAAUGUACUGGCACACAUCAACUUGCAUCAAGAGGUACUGACCUAUAUCGAAGAGAAGGAGACUAAGCAUCAGGAGUUGCGAACUGACCAUCAAUCCUGGGUAGCAAAAUUACAAUCAAGCGACACGCCACUGGCAUGUACAGCACCAAUACGUGGCGUGCUUCCACACGACCAAAGCUUCACUCCAGUAGUGCAGCGGAUCGAGGGCCAUUUUCUACCCGUGACUCUCCCAAUCACCACCACAGUGUAACCAGGGCUACCGUCGCACUAUGCGGCAGUCAAACUGAGCCAUGGCGCUCGUGUUCUGCAUGCAGGCCGUGGAGGCUGAAACCAGUGCUGUUGGUCAGGUUAAUGGCUACCUGGAUCAACCUUUCCACCACCAGCACCAGCAGAACCACCCCAGCCACCAGCAGCACCAGCAUCGCCACCACCACCACCAGCAGCCACCCCCCCCCCUCCCCACACACACACACCACCUCCGCCACUACCCCCGCCACCACCACCACCCCCGCCACCACCACCACCCCCGCCACCACCACCACCCCCGCCACCACCACCCCCGCCACCACCACCCCCGCCACCACCACCACCCCCGCCACCACCACCACCACCACCACCACCACCACCACCACCACCACCACCACCACCACCACCACCACCACCACCACCACCACCACCACCACCACCACCACCACCACCACCACCACCACCACCACCACCACAUCCAACGUGCGCUUGCUGCUGAGUAGGUCAUUUGUACCCGCCGCAUCAUGCGCCAAGUUAAAGUGAGGGUAUGGUCGGACCAAACAGAAGCUGCUUCUGCUGGCGGUAUGGGCGUACUGCAUACCGGUAUUGAGAAAUAGACGACUGGCGGCGAUACAGAAAGGGAUUACCAAACACGUCAGUAACCGCUCGCUCUCCUGACUUGACACUACUGUAUGCAUGGCUGUUCAGUCUAUACAUGCUGGAUGUACUCGAUGCAUAAGCAGGCUUCAUGCUGUGUGUGUACUCCAUGCAUCAGUAGGCUUCAUGCUGUGUUUACUGGAUGCAUCAGCAGGCUUCAUGCUGUGUUUACUCCAUGCAUCAGCAGGCUUCAUGCUGUGUUUACUCCAUGCAUCAGCAGGCUUCUGCGGCUACACUCUCAGAGCCGUUGCGGCCUGCCAAUGUGUGCUGCGCGUAUGGCCUGGCCGGUACUCGUGCCCACGAGGCUGUUCAAUUGGAUGGUGCAUGUGUGCAUCCGUGCAGUGAAUACAGCCUGGUUUUAGCGAGAGUAGCCUCCAAGGCUCCAGCAUCCGUAAGACAGACGACACAGUGCGCGUGCAAGCACUGUCUUGCUCGCUGUUGCCUGAUCAACAGACUGUUCAUGGACGUGUUCUUUGACCAGUUACUCAUGCAAGCUUGCAAGUAUUUAGAUUCUCUUUCAACACUCCCGGUGUGCAGACAUGUGCCGUUGGCCUAUAAGCAGACCUGAUUAUGUGGAUUUUCCACACUUGAUGUCACGGAUCAUCUCUGAGAGUGCAAUCCCUUGAGACUUGAGGAGGUUUUUUUAUUUUUCACGCUCAAAUUUUUCUGCCAUGCAGUUCAUCAACUUCAGAAUGCUACCUGGCCAUGGCUGAGUAGAUCUGUCCCUGA